AUGUUCCCGUCCCGGCGCAAGUCUACUAUGUAUCGCCGCGCGGGUAGCGGGUAAGUAUCCUAAGGGAGAGGAAAUAUAUGAGAGAGAGAGGAAAACUAGGAAGGGGGGGGGGCGAUGGAUGAGAAGCGCUCGAGGACCGUGAAGGCUCAGCGUCUAAGCUUCAGUCCUGAAAUACCUGUUUUAUCUUCCCACUUUUUGUCGCAGUUUUGAGCGGUCAAGAAAUGGUGCUGUGGAGGUUAGGAUGGGCGUGAAUCUGAAUGGCUGAGAAACAAGCUUCGUUCCCGCCUUAACUAUACCCCGAGUGGCACAUCUCUUUGCUUUUUCCUCCAUUAAUAGUUUACUUCCCCUAUAGGAAUGAAUGGAAAGCACUAUAUGGGGGGGGGGGGAGAGGAGCACUUGAAGCGGGGCGCGGGGAGCUUGUACUGGAGGCGUUUUAUGGAGAUUGAGCUAGAAGAGACGUCUAAGAGGGCUGUAUACUUCCCCUUAUCUCACCCUGCCCUUCCUCUUCUCAAAUAUAGCAAAUCUUUUUUUUACCUAGAGAUGUAGUAACGGAAUCCAUGUUGUCUCUUGAGUCAGGAAGAAGUUUCUCCCAAGUAACUGGCAAUUGGCAACACAUUAGUUGUUAGGAAGAAGGGUUUUCAAGUUGGCGGGUUUCACUUUGCACAAGGUACAUGCAAUGCUUUUAAAGAGCCCAUUUUGGAUGAAUAUGGGGGGAUAGGAUGAGCUCUUGGAGUUGGUGUAACAUAGGGGAAAACUUAACAGCAUAUUUCUGUGCAUGUUUACUCAGUAGUAAGUAAGUCUUGCCUUCUUUUGCACAUGGAAUUAUCUGCUAUGUUUCACUGUGUUGACUUGCCCUAUUCUGAUUUUGCUUCAGGUCCUGCCGGCUGUUUGGUAUCCUACCCCGGAAAUUUUCUCUCUUUCAACUCUUUUUUGUUGCACUGUUGCUGGGUUUUCUCUCCCUGUUGUGGCUGCAACUCAGUUGUUCUGGGGAUGUGACUAGAAGUCAAAGAGCUGCAGCUACAGUGCCUCAGAAACCCUGUACAUUGGAGCCUCUCCCUCAGCUUCCUGAUGACUCAUCAUGGGGACCCCACCGUCUAGCAGUGUUGGUGCCUUUCCGGGAGCGCUUUGAAGAGCUGCUGGCUUUUGUGCCUCACAUGCAUCGCUUCCUCAGCAGGAAGAAAAUUCGCCAUCAUAUCUUCAUACUCAACCAGGUGGAUCAUUACAGGUACUGUAAGGUAUGGGUGAAUGUGAACCCCAUGCUGUGCCUCCCCCUCAAUGUUUCAACCUAACCUGUAUCCCAAAUUAUUGCGUUCUUCUUUGGGUGACUUUGGACAUGAUAUUGAUAUGGAAGGGAACAUUGGGCCUUUGUAUUAUCUAAAAUAGAUAUUUGCAUUUCCCCCACCUGCAAGAUGUGUAACCUUGAAAUCAUAUCUGAAGUCUCUCAUAUCCAUCUCUCAUUGAAACAAUGCUUGGAUAAUACAAAAUAUUCUAAAGGAACUGACUUUCCAAGGUUCCUCUAGCUCAGGGCAUGGGAACUGGGGCUCUCAACAACUCCUAUCAGCCCCAGCUUUCCUUCUUGCCCUCAUCUAUAGAGCAGAACUGAUACUUUCUUUUCAGAGGGAAAGUUUUUGCUUUUUAUACAUUUCCAUAAGGGUGUUCCUCUUCUUUUCUGAAACCAUAAGGAAGCAUGAUAUGAUGAAUGCUUUGGUGUGCUUAAACACACAGUCUUGGAAAACAAAAUGUAUUUCUUGGAUUUGUUUUAUAAGAACAUAAGAAGAGAUGGUUGGAUCAGUUCAGUGGCCUAUCUAGUCAAGUUUUGAUUUUCUCCAUCACUCUUAUAAUUUCAUACCUCAUUUCAUUCUCCUCCCUUUAUUUUCAGAAUUCCUGCCUUUCCAGCAUGUGUUUUUGGUAAUAAUAAUAAUAAUAAUAAUAAUAUCUUUAUUGUCAUUGCCCCCUUCGGGGACAACGAAAUUACUUGACUGCUCCAUAAAAACACUAAUUAAUCAAUAGAGUAUAAUACAGCAAGGGAGAUUAGAUGACUUUCAAAGUCCGGGCUUCCCAUUCAGGGCCGAGAUCGCUCUGGAGAAGAAGCUGCUCUUAAGACAGCUCGUUCUUGUCUUCAUCGUCCUGUAUCUCCGUCCCGACGGCAAGAGCUCGAAGAGACAGUGACCAGGAUGCGAUGGAUCUUUUACUAUGUCCAGUGCCUUCCUAUGGCACCUUGUGGCAUAAAUCUGCUCUAAGGUGGAGAGUGGGCAGCCAACAAUGCUCUCUGCUGCCUUAACAACCCUGCACAACCCCAUCCUGUCCUGGGUAGUACAGCUUCCGUACCACACACAUAAGCCAUAAGUAAUAUAUGCUAAUAAUGCAUUUCUGCUAUUGCACUUAAGUGCAUAGUUGCAAAUUCUCCCAACCAAAUUAAAAGUUAAAAUUAAAUAAAAGUUUCCUUCAAUAGGAAGAUUAUGAUCAGAAAGGGUAUAUAAUAUUAAGUCUGCACCAAUAGUGCAAAAUGCUUGCUCUUUUAACUCUGAUUGUUCACUGAAUAUUAGUACUAUUAUUGUUGUUACUAUUUUGAAAUUUAUUACCCACCCUUCACUAGCAGGUCCUAGAGCGGGAAUUUAAAAUUCAGAAUUAAAACAGACUGUAAAACAAAUCAGUCACUGGAAAAGUGUGGGCCUGAAAAUACACAUCUCAGGUAUCAAAGGUGCAUAUUCAGCUUAUGCCAAAAGCUGCAUUGUGAGGGUGCCAGAACACCUGUGAGGAGGGAAUUCCAUGACUCAGGGACUGCCACAGAGAUUGCCCUCUUCUGAGCCACUACCCCACCAACUUCUGAAAGUGGUGGGACUACAAAGAGAGCUCUCUCAGCACCUGAAGCGAUUUGUAGGAAUGGAGGCAGUGUCUGUUAUUUGGGGCCUAAGCCAUUUAGAGCUUUGAACAGUAGCAUGAGCCCAGAAACUAACAGUCAGUGCAGCUAUUUUAAAACAGGAGCUAUAUGAGUUCUAAAGGCAACCCCAGUAUGUAAUCUGGCUCCUGAAUUUUGAACCUGUUGAAGUUUCCAAGUCCUCUUCAAAGGCAGCCCCAUGUAGAGUGUAUUGCAAUGAUCCAGUCUGGAAGUUAACAGGACAGGACUGUAGCUGGAAAUAGCAUUUCUAGCUCCUGAGGCCACCUGGGUUUCCAGUGACCAUGCUGCAUCCAGGAGUACCUCAAGUUAUGAGCCUGCCAGAAUGGAUUUGAGAACCCGGUACACAUGCCACCUAUGCCUAUUUAGUAUCAAUUAGCUGGUGCAUAUCCAGCUAACCACUACUACCUAUGUAGCACCUAAGCCACUUCUCAUGAUUCAGAUGAAAGAGAGAGAGAGAGAGGUGGGUGUCAUCUGCAUAGUGUGACUCCAAAACCCCAGAUGACAGCUCCCAGUGAGUUCCUAGGGACAGCGUAGAUCAUCAAACAGUGGUUGGGUGCACAAGCUGAACACUUUUGACAGUGGUGGCUGAGCUUUCCUGAAUAUAAUUUUCUGACAUAGGUCCCAUCUGCUUGCAUUGGUCUCUUGGGCAGGUUUAACAGAGCAUCUCUGAUCAACGUGGGCUUCCUCGAAAGUGGCAAUGACACGGAUUACAUUGCCAUGCAUGAUGUGGACUUGUUACCUCUUAAUGAGGAAUUGGACUACGGCUUCCCAGCUGCAGGCCCUUUCCACGUGGCAUCGCCAGAGCUGCACCCUCUCUAUCACUAUAACACCUACGUAGGUGGCAUCUUGCUGCUCACCAAGCAGCACUAUCGAAUGGUAAGACCUAAGUUCUUUCUUUUGGGCUCCUGGGAUAUCUUAUACAACCCACAGAAGGACAAAGUCCUUGCUAGUUAUUUUCAUUGAACCCACCACCCUGAGAUUAAGAGUCUUGUGCUCUACCUUCUGAGCAAUCCCAGAAUCAGUUAGGGGGUUAGACUUGGCACUGUACAUUCAAUGGCUUUUGAUGCACUCUACUCCAUUUAAUCCUGAAGACGAAGAGUCUUGCGGUAAUGGUGUUAGCUGUGGCUUAGUAAAGACAGCAGCAGAUAUUACUGUCUCUGUCCCAAGACUUGAAGGAGGGAGAAUAUUUCUGGUUUCAACUGUGCCUUUAUUGUUGUUUCAGUGUAAUGGAAUGUCGAACCGCUUCUGGGGCUGGGGCCGUGAGGAUGAUGAGUUUUAUCGCCGCAUCAGAGGCGCUGGACUUCAGGUGAGGCUGCAGAAUGGCUUUCGCUGUAGUUUGAGACCUUGGGACUCUAGUUCUGGGUGAGAUUUGAGCCUGUUAUUCUGGCAUGGUGUGUGAAUUCUGUUUUGGACAGAGAUUUCUGGCUUCAAUGUAGGCUCCAACUUUUUAUUUCAGCUGUUCCGGCCAUCAGGAAUUAAAAGUGGAUAUAAGACAUUCCAGCAUCUUCAUGACCCAGCUUGGCGCAAGAGAGACCAGAAGCGCAUUGCUUCCCAAAAGCAGGUGGGAGUUUCUCAUGUGGGAGAUGGGGGAAGCAGGUGGCUGGGGGUUGGAACUAAAAAUACAUUGUUUUUCUUACGUGGAGCUGGCCAUAUAGCUCUGUAGUAAGUCCUGCACUGUUGCUUCCGCUUAGCCUGGAGGGAACAGCGUUGAGCAAGAUGGUUACAUCAGAAGGCACAGAAAUAGGUAUGGCCUGAAACUCAUGGAACUCAUGAAUCUGUUAUAGAUUUUUUCUACAAAAUGUAGACAGUAUUGACUUUUCAAAAUAUUUAAUUUUAAAACGCACAUUUCUAUCCCUGAUGACUGUGGAUAAAAACUUUACAAUGUAAGCAAUAAAUGCUGGCAUUAGAAACCAGGGAGUGUGCCUUUUGCAGCCAGUAUCUCCGUCCUUUAGUGCCUCUGAUGUUUCUUCCCAGUGUUCACGUGUAUCUGCUUUCCCUUCCUUAUGAGUGCCAUAAAUAAAAUAAAAUGAAAUGAAAUGAAAUAAAAAAUUUCAAAAAUGAUGCCCACCCAUUCAGUUUGAACAAAGCUUGUGUUGUAAAUUGCUUCAGGAUGCCUCACAGGAAGUGGUACAAAAAUGAAAUAAAUAACAGUGGGUGGAAUUCAGUAUAGCACUAUGGUGAAUGUUACAUCGGUGCACAUAUUUCUCUCUGCACAACUCUCCUUCUCUCCCUGCAUAUCCCCUAAAUCUGUUCUAAAGGCUUCCCCAACCCUAUGGAGAUUUGGGGAUAGGACAAAAUAUUGAGAAUCUCAUCUUCCCCUCUUCCACCCUUUUAAAAUCCAUAUGAUUAUAGGGAAACAUUUUGAAUCAAAGUUGGCAGAUUUUGCUGAAAGCAGAUAAAGUCUAAGGUUCCUCAUGGUCUAUGGUCAGGCCUUCUCAGCUUGGUGCAAGUGUGUCUCUACUUUUCUCCCUAGUUUUUCUUAAAAGGAACUCAGCAGAAGUCUCCCAUAAACAAAGUAAUAGGAAUUGUGCAAUGCCAAUGAAUUCAUGGAGACUUGCAUAACUUACUGAUUGCACCUUUGGUGUUCUGAUGCUGCAGAAUAGAAGAGCCUUUGAUUAUGAUCGUCUUAGACCCUUCCCUUUACCACAACUGAGCUUUAAGUCUGUGACUCUAUCCUUCACAACACUUAAGCCUCCUUCCCUGCUUGCUCUGCUUCACACAAGCCCUCUUCAUGAUGUCAUUUUUUGCUCUCCUACUCUGGACCUGUGUGUAUGAUGUGUGGCAUUUUUGUUCCCAUGUAGGAGCAGUUCAAGGUGGACCGUCAUGGAGGCUUGACCAACCUCCAAUACAGAGUGGAGUCACGAACUCGGUUGACUGUGGCAGAAUCUCCCUGCACAGUCCUCAACAUCUUCCUAGAAUGCGACACCAGUGAGACUCCCUGGUGCACAUUUGGCUGA